AUGGGGGUGAAAAUAAUCAGCUGUGGAGAAAGCUUAUCGAAAAAAAAGCAUGGGGGCUACUCAGAAACGUGGUUACCAAACGAGGUCUCCACGACACAUGGUUAUGGGCUGUGGAAGGGGAUUAUGCAAUCCAGGCAGUUAAUUCAAGACAACUCUCGCAUCACGGUUAAUGAUGGCAAAAAAACAAGCUUUUGGAAGGAUAGAUGGUGCAAUACUCUCCCUUUGAAAGAAAAGUAUCCUCUUCAAUGGAGGCUGAGUAGAGCUAAGGAGGCAACAGUGAAUCAAGCUGUAACAUGGGCGCAUUCGAAUUCAGCAUGGAAUCUUCACUUCAGUCGGGACUUGAGGCUUUCGGAAAUACAAGAAGCAAUUAACUUGGUGGAUGAUAUAGGAAAUCCCGAGCUCAUCACGUCACAAGAAGACAGUAGAAAUUGGCUCCCUUCAGAUUCAGAACCUCCCAAGGUUUCAUUUUUCAUUUGGUCUACUCUUUGGAAUGCCGCACCAACCUUAGAUAACUUAUCUCGAAGAGGUAUGCGAGUGAGGUCUCUGCAAUGCGUCUUGUGUAGAGUCAACGACGAAACAAUCCAUCAUGUGCUACUUCACUGUGCAUUCUCUUAUAAGGUGUGGUCAUAUUUUCUUGAAUACUGUAAAGUUGGCUUCGCGAUGAAUGAGACAACGGAAGGUUGCAUUAAGUCAUGGAAAAAGAAAUUUCCAAAUGCAAUUCAUAACUUCAUAUGGAACAACCUUCCUUAUGCAAUAUGGUGGGCUCUAUGGAUCGAAAGAAAUAGAAGGACUUUUCACAACAAGGAUUCCGAACCAACUGAUGUAAUUAUAGCUGUUAAAUCACUUCUGUUUCAAUGGGGACUCCCCUCUCAAGCUUUUAAAGGUUUGUAUUUUGAUGAUUUGGUACAUAAUUGGGCAGCAAAGAUUUAUAUGUAA